AUAACCGGCAUGGGAAUGAGGAAAUGGGGUUUCAUGGGCUGGCGGCCCUGGCGGCUGCCAUGAUGCUGGUGGGAGGAUGGAGUAGGACGAGAUUUCAUGCUGCAGAUCCUGUCGCUGCACUCUCCUCAUUCCCUGAUCCUAUGUCUGGAAGGAAGUCUGAGUUCGAACGAGGUCAGUUGCUGGCCAGGGACGCUGGUUACCUCCCUCCUACCCCACAGCAGGAGCCGGAUGCAACUGUGACUUCACAGGCAAGAAGACAAGAUUUCUUGCAGACCUUCUCUAGGAGCAAGAGGUUUCAGGCGAGAAAGCCUUCUGAUCUGGUCGAGAUGGCGAUCAAUGACAUUCAAAAGGAGCAUGAAAAGCGCAUGUCUAGGUUGCUGAAGGAUGACAUGGACAACGCUGCUAAGCAGUAUGCAGACAUGAUGACCAAAGAGAUAUCAACACAGAAUGCGUAUGUUAGAUCCCGCAGGCGUGCGUUGCAGCUGGCCAGACAAAAGGAAAAGGCUCGCGAGAAAGCAAAGGCUGCCAAGGACCCUAAUGCAAACUGGCUUUCAUUGUUUUAAAUUUUGUCCCAACCUCGCUCCGAAGUAGAUGAUAGGCUACCUCAGCGCAUGGAUUAUCACUCAGAAGUUUUUCUCUUUCCUUCUUUAUUUUUUUAAGGGACUUUUGUACACAAUUAAAACUACAUAUUCCAAA